AUGACUGACACGAAUGACUCUUCUGCGAUUCCAAAUGCUAUCAUAUGUGUGAUUGAUCUAGAGCAAGACAAUACUUUCCGUGCUCUAGCAGCUACCAGUGGAUACCUCAAAGCGCAGAGUCGGAACAAGAUUCGCUUGGAAUUAUUGUAUUGCUCACCAGAGUGCCACAAGAAAGACUGGCAUCCGGUGUUCAUCGAUGCUAUCAUUAAGUCGAAUGGAGCUGGCUUCGUUGGCACUCGUGGUUUCACGAUGUCCACACUAGCUAGUCGCAGAGUACAGUCGUGGCAUGACGGAGCGACUCAGCUCGUUAGAUGGGUGUGGCCGGGCGCGGACGACCACUGA